GCCCCCUGGCCGGGAUAUAAUAUCCAGCCCGGUCGGGCAGUUGCCGCCGGGCGACAGUGCGCGCCUGAGCGGGGAACAUGGACUGCGCCAGCCUCUGGCUAGUGCUGCUGCUGCCGGUGGUAGCUGCGCUGGACUUCAGGUACCACCACCAGCAAGAGAUGGAAGCAUUUUUGAAGAAGGUUGCCCAAGACUACAGUUCUAUCACUCACUUACACAGUAUCGGGAAAUCUGUAGAAGGCAGAAACCUGUGGGUUCUCAUCGUGGGGCACUCUCCAAAGGAACACAGAAUUGGGAUUCCAGAAUUCAAAUACGUGGCGAAUAUGCAUGGAGAUGAGUCUGUAGGGCGGGAACUGCUGCUCCAUUUCAUUGAAUAUCUUGUAACCAGUAAUGGAAGAGACCCUGAAGUCACAAAUCUAAUCAACAACACCCGGAUACACAUCAUGCCAUCAAUGAACCCAGAUGGAUUCGAAGCUGUUCUAAACCCUGACUGUUUUUACAAUAAGGGAAGGGAAAAUAGUAACUCCUAUGACCUGAAUAGAAAUUUCCCCGAUGCCUUUGAAUUCAACAACGUAUCGAGGCAGCCUGAAACGGUGGCAGUCAUGAAGUGGCUGAACACAGAGACAUUUGUCCUCUCUGCCAACCUCCACGGUGGUGCCCUGGUGGCCAGUUACCCAUUUGAUAAUGGUGUUCCAGCAACUGGGACGUUAUACUCCCGGAGCUUAACCCCCGAUGAUGAUGUGUUUCAAUAUCUUGCACAUACCUAUGCUUCAAAAAAUCCUGACAUGAAGAAAAGAAAGCCGUGUAAAACUAAAAUAGAUUCUCCUAGUGGGAUUGUAAAUGGAUACUUUUGGUAUCCCCUCAAAGGUGGAAUGCAAGAUUACAACUACAUCUGGGCCCAGUGUUUUGAAAUUACAUUGGAGCUGUCGUGCUGUAAAUAUCCUCGAGAAGAGAAGCUUCCAGGCUUCUGGAACGAUAACAAAGACUCACUGCUCGAAUACAUGAAACAAGUGCACAUAGGUGUAAAGGGUCAAGUGUUUGAUCAGAAUGAGACUCCCUUACCCAAUGUAAUUGUAGAAGUCCAAGACAGAAAACAUAUUUGCCCUUACAGAACCAACAAAUUUGGAGAGUAUUACCUCCUUCUCUUGCCUGGGUCCUAUGUAAUAGAGGUUACCGUCCCUGGACACAACCCACAUCUCACAAAGGUGACUAUUCCCCCCAAAUCCCAGAACUUCAGUGCUCUUAAAAAGGAUAUUUUACUUCCAUUCAGAGGGCAAUUGGAUCAUAUCCCAGAAUCAAAUCCUUUAUGUCCUAUGAUUCCUCUUUACAGAGAUUUGCAAGGCCACUCAGUUGCAACAAAGCCCAGUCUGUUCUUAUUUUUAGUGACUCUUUUUCACAUAUUGUUCAAAUAAAACAAAAUGUGAAACUCAACCCCCAUCACCACCUGGAAUCAGGGAUUACUCAAGCCAGGUUGCUGCAACUCUAACUCCCUCUGUGGGACACCUCGACUGGUUAAAUGCCACAGUCCUUCCCUAAGAAGAGAAAUGGUUGUUUCUAAAACCUGCAACAAGCCACGUAUGGUGAUAAUGGAAGGAAUGAUUUAGUCUUGAUGGAAGACAUCUACCCAUCAAAUACCGCCCACUUACACUUAAUCUUGAAGUAUUCUUAGAAAUUUGUAAGAAGUUAAACUUGAGAAGCAAAAAAGAAGUUCCUGCAAGAAAAAAAAAAAAAAAAGGAACAAGGAACUUAUUUUGUAUACAGAGAGCCAAA